UGCGAAUGUCUUGCUGGUUACGAGAUUGUCUUUGACUUUAUUAUCAAAAUCUCUGGUCCUCAUCGUUCGAUUUCACUUGUGUUUAUAGUAGAUACACCGUUUUGAUACAAUGUUGGAAGCAAUCGCAGGUGUUUUAAAGAUUGCCCUUGGUUUGGUAACGAACAAACUUCGUUCAUAUGGCGCUGAGAAACUUCAAGAUGGGGGUCUCACCGACCAGAAAUUUAGAGGCUGGAUUGUUCGUGAAUUGGACGACGUCAACUUUAAACUCGAUGCUUUGUCUCGCAUGCAUCUUUCUGCGAGCGUUAGCUUUUUCAAACAAGGAGUUGAACGUCUGCUUAUAUGUUUUGGAGACUCAUUUGACGGCGGAAACGAAUCACAGUCGAGCGAAUUACUGAAAGACGGACAAAGUUCAGCCGAGUCAAAGUCGCUGACUAGUGUGGGAGAAGCGGUUGCACUUGUCAAUGUAUUCAGGAAACUUAAGAUCGAAUCGAAGAAACACUUUGAGUCUGCGAAAGGAUUAUUUGCCAAGUCUGCGGAAGAAGCGACAUUAUCGUUUCACAAUGAUGCAUUGAAGACGAACGAAAGAAUUCAUGCAGCGGAAGUGCGCAUUGCUAGCGCAAUACUUGGAAAUUUGGACGAUCUGGAAAUCGCUGUAAGUGACUGCUUACAUUAUAUUACUGAAUUGCAUAACAUGACUGCCAUUAAAGAAAUAUUUACAGUGCAUAUCAAAGGAGGGCUAAAGGCUCUUUUUAAGAAAGAUUCCCGAGCAGAAAUCGUAGAAACUAUAACAAUGAUUAAUUUGAUCUUGGCUGAUUUCAUCAUGAAGUUUACAAAGCGAAGAAUGGGUCUUUUUGAUUGGCCAACAAUAAAAUGUGGGGACGAUGUUUUCCAUCCGAUUUGUAACGACGAGAGUAUCAAAAAAAUGAAGAGAAUGGAAAUAUCAGUACCUUGGGAAAUUUCAUUCAGUGAACGUUUGCCGGGGAACUACCGUCUUGCUAUAAACAGCAAAGGUGAGAUAUAUGGUUUUGAUAUUGAAAAAAAAGAUAAUAUGGUAAAGUUUGACAGAGCAGCAGGAGAAUGGAAACCGUUUAAUAUUUCUCCAUCGAAUGAUAAAGUUAGGAACUGUGUUGCUUUAACCAUCGACGAUGAAGAUAUGAUACAAUUGUGGAAUGUUUUUCAAAAACUGGUAAAUGUCUUUGUGAGCGCUGGCUCAUUUUAA